GCAAAAAUAGGGAGAGAGAAAUAGAGAAAAAAAUGGCUAGGGGAUCUCGUUUCUUCAUCAUCCUUUCGAUCAUCUCAUUGUUUUCAAAGACAAUUAAUUCUCAAGUCUUAGAUCGACAUAGUUUUCCUGAUGGUUUCAUUUUUGGAACGGCUGCCUCUGCGUAUCAGUACGAAGGAGCAACAGAUGAAGGUGGGAAGUCUCCAGCAAUAUGGGACCACUUCAGCCGCACUUACCCAGAAAGGACCAAAAUGCAUAAUGCAGAUGUAGCAAUUGAUUUUUAUCACCGUUAUAAGGAUGACAUUAAAUUGAUGAAGGAGCUAAACAUGGACGCUUUCAGAUUUUCAAUCUCGUGGGCCAGACUUAUUCCCAGUGGAAAGCUAAAGGAUGGAGUAAACAAAGAAGGUGUACAAUUCUAUAACGAUCUCAUUGACGAACUUCUUGCCAAUGACAUACAACCUUCAAUGACACUCUAUCAUUGGGACCAUCCACAAUCUUUGGAGGACGAAUAUGGAGGCUUUUUAAGCCCUAAAAUUGUAGAAGAUUUUCGAGAUUUCGCAAGAAUAUGUUUCCAAGAGUUUGGAGAUAGAGUGAAGAUGUGGACAACAAUCAAUGAACCAUACAUUAUGACUAUUGCGGGUUACGACCAAGGUAACAAGGCGGCUGGACGAUGCUCGAAAUGGGUAAACGAAAAGUGUCAGGCCGGCGACUCGAGUACUGAGCCUUACAUUGUCUCGCAUAACGUUCUUCUUGCUCAUGCCGCUGCUGUAGAAGAAUUCCGAAAAUGUCCAAAAACUUCGCAUGAUGGUCAGAUUGGGAUAGUUUUGUCACCAAGAUGGUUCGAGCCUUACCAUUCUGGCUCUAUUGAUGAUAUAGAAGCAGCUGAACGAGCUCUUGCUUUUGAAAUUGGAUGGCAUCUUGAUCCAGUGAUUCAUGGAGAUUAUCCAGAGAUUGUGAAAAAAUACGCUGGAAAUAAAUUACCUUCUUUUACGGCGAAACAAUCAAAUAUGUUGAAAAAUUCAUCAGAUUUUGUUGGAGUAAAUUACUAUACAGCACGCUUUGCCACUCAUAUUCCUCACCUCGACCCUGCAAAGCCUCGGUUCAAGACUGAUCAUCAGGUUGAAUGGAAACUUACUAACCACAGUGGCCACUUAAUCGGACUUGGGGACGAAAGGGGCAUAAUAUUGUCACACCCGGAAGGCUUGCGAAAAGUUCUAAACUAUAUCAAAGAUAGAUACAAUAACAUGCCGGUCUACAUUAAAGAAAAUGGAAUCAAUGAUCACGACGAUGGUACAAAAUCAAGAGAAGAGAUUCUGAAGGACACAUUUAGGAUUGAGUACCAUGACACACAUUUCCAACAGCUUCACAAAGCCAUAGUGGAAGAUGGGUGUGACGUAAGAGGAUAUUAUGCAUGGUCAUUGAUGGACAACUUUGAAUGGGAACAUGGAUACACUGCGAGAUUUGGUCUUUACUAUGUUGAUUUUAUCAACGGUCUUAAACGUUAUCCAAAAGACUCGGUCAAAUGGUUUAAGCGGUUCCUUAAGAGAUCGAUUGGUGAGACUAGAGAAAAGGAUGCGAAGGAGAUGUCACGCGACAAGUCAUGUGCGGAGGGGAAUAAGACUCUGCAUGGGCAAGAGGGUUUUGAAGAAUCGGCUGGCUUUUUUGUUUCUUUCAUGACGGCGAAUCAAUCGAAGAUAGAAGAGGAGAAAAACCGUUGUUCGUUUGAUUCUCCAUAUAGUCGUUUCGGUGUUUUGCAGGGAAUAGAUAAUCCAUCGUCAUUUUAUUGAUUUUAAGACCCUUAUGGCUAAGUAUGUAAUUUACUUAGAAUUUCAAUCAUAUGUUUGUAGAAUUGUAGCUAGGUAUAAACAUUUUUCGUAAGGAAAUAAAAUUUAUAUCU